ACAUAUAAUUUAAAAGUCAAGACUAGCGUGCAUUACGGGCGAAUAAAAUAUAAAUAUAAAAAGUAAAACCCAAAUAAUUGUAUAACAAAAAAUAAAGUUGAAUUUAGAAUAGAAGUACUGUCGAAAACAAAGAAUUUCAUUUUAAUUCAUUUAAAAUGAGACUUUUUAUAAAGCAUAUAAAAACGCCAACUACUUUUAGUUUUCAACUAUUUAAUAACUUUGCCCGCAAUUUUUCUUCUAAUGAUUCACAAAAGGAUGAGCAGAUAAAAACUGCUGCUGAAGAAGUACGAAAAAAUAUUACUGUAGAAAAAUAUUCUGGCAUCACUACUCUGAACAUAGAUCGUCAAACAACCAGAAACAGCCUUGAUGUAGAAACUUUAAAAGAAAUGACACAAGCCAUUGAAGCUUUCGAUAAAGAUUCUGAGGCCAAAGUUCUAGUGCUUAAUGGAGAAGGAGGAAGUUUCUGCUCAGGCUUUGAUUUGGACGAGAUUGGGGAAAAAGGAUAUAAUGUUCUAACUGAUGCUGCGGCAAGGUUGCUUCGUCGUCCACUAUGUGAUAAGCCAACAAUAGCUGCUGUUCAAGGAUAUGCGGUUGCCGAAGGUUUUGAAUUGGCUUUGGCUUGUGAUUUACGUAUUAUAGAAGAGACUGCAAUAUUAGGUUGUCUUGGAAGAAGAUUUGGUGCACCACAAAGCUUAUUUGGUGGAAGACGUCUUACAGCUCUCAUAGGUCUAUCACGGUCUUUGGACUUGUUAAUGACGGGUCGGCCUAUAUCUGGCGCAGACGCAUAUGCAAUGGGUCUUGGUUGUAAAUUAACUGCUACAGGCACUGCUUUAGGUGAAUCAAUCAAAUUAUCGAAGUCUUUAAUAAAGUUCCCUCAAAAUGCCUUAAUAAUGGACAAAUUAGCAGCUAUUAUGUCCCAAUUGAAUCCUAAUAGUGAGGAAAGUAUGAGGGAUGAAGCUAUCAUGGGCAGUCUACUUGGUUCAGCAAUUGAAGACCUUAAUAAGGGUGUUCAGAAGUUUAAAGGAGGUAUAGGAAAACACGGCAAAUUCUACAAAUUAACAGAAAUGCCACUUAAAGACUGGGAAUUAGAGGAAAGUCUAGAAGAAAUAGAAGUAGUUGUUAAAGAUAAGGAAAAGAAACCGUAAAAAGAUGCUAUGUUAAUUUAUUUAUUAAUUAUUUAAAUCUA